CCUCCUCCUCCCCCCGCUCUCGCGACAGCUCCGCACAGAAAAUGGCCCCGCGGCCGCCCCGCCGCUGAUGCGCGACCCGGGCGGCGCCGGCCCCGCCGCAGCCCCGCAUCGCCGGGAGGAGCCGCCGUGUCCCCGUGCCCAGCUCCGGCCAGGACAUGAAGACAGAGAAGGACGAGGCCGUGGCCACCUUCUCCGUGCGGGGGAAAUUCGGCACAGAGGGGGCAGGCUGCAGUGCCCCGAUGGCGGUGGCGGGGAGCGCAGGGACCCCGGAGCUGCGGCCGCUGAAGCGCAGACCUGUCCCAGGGAAACACUACCAGUGCUCGAGCUACGGCUGCAGGCUGGCCUUCCCCAGCAUGCAGGAGCUGGUGGACCACCUGAAGGUGCACUACAGACCCACGCAGUCCCUCGAGGGCAAAACCUUCCACUGCCCCACGCUGGGCUGCACCGAGACCUUCCCCAGCAUGCAGGACCUCAUGGCGCACAUGAAGGUGCACUACAAACCAAACCGCUACUUCAAGUGUGAGAACUGCCUGCUGCGCUUCCGCACGCACCGCUCCCUCUUCAAGCACCUGCACGUCUGCUCCGACAGCGCCAGCGGCCCCGCGCCGCCCCCCAAGCCCGACAAGCCCGUCCUGCCUCCCGCUACCUCUGUCCCGGAGAAGGAGCCCCCGGCCAAGCCCCCCGAGGGGCUGCCCAAGCUGCCGAGCGCCCUGCGGCCCGCGGAGAAAGGAGCGGCGGACGCCGCGCUGCCCGAGCUGCCCGGGGCGCUGGAGCCGCCGGUGCCGCCGGGCCCGCAGCCCUUCCCGCUGCUGGAGCCCGGCCUCUUCGGGCCCUCGUCCUUGACUCGCUUCCCGGGGCCCGCCCCGUCCUCGGUGCCGGGGCCGUUCCUGCCCUACGUGCCCCCCUCGCCCUUCGGGCUGGCGCAGCCCGCGGCUCAGCACCGCCUGCGGCCCUUCCUGCCGGCACACGGCCCCCCCAGCGUCUCCAACGCCGUCUGGAAGAAAAGCCAAGGUUUGAGUGUCAGCCCACUCCUCCCAUGCUUUGGCUCAGGAGUGACUCCAGGGCACUCCUCCAACAGCCGCAUCGUCUGGGAGCACACGCGGGGCCGCUACAGCUGCACGCAGUGCCCCUUCUCCACCGCCUCCCGCGAGGAGAUGACCCUGCACAUCGAGGACCACCGCAAGAACCCCCCGCCCGGGCGCCUGGAGGCCGACAUGGAUUUCGGGGUGGGGCUUGCCCCGUUCCACGCCAAGCUGCCGCCGGAGAUGGAGAACUCCCUGUACUCCCAGCUUUGAUGCCCUCGGCUCCCACGGGACUCUCCUGCACCUCCCUGUCCCCCCCCGAGCCGGGCAGGGGGCACAGCACAGCCCCUGCCCCUGUGCUGGGACAGGCCCUCCCUGGGCACAGGAGCACCCCCAGCCCAGCCCGGGAGUUUCCCCUGGAACUUCUCCCCUUCCAUUUUGUUUUCGGGAACUCUCCAGCAGCCGGAGCCGCUGUGUCUCCCUCCCCUCAAGGUUUUGUUGCUUCAGCCCCGGGGGCUCUGCGGGGAGCCCGGUAGGUUCUCAGGAGUUAGUGGACUUUUCUGGAAUGAGAUCUCAGAAUAAAAAAAUGGGAAUUGUACAGGA